AUGAAUCUUCCUGCGGUCGUGGACGCCGGCGCUACCGUGUACUGGUGGGUCGUCCCGGGUAACAAGUUCGCGAUGCCGCAGUCAUACCUGCCGAAUGGGACGGCACAGGAUCUGGAACGGUUAUUGAAGCCCACACUAAAUGCCCUCGACCAGAGCGCUUUCUCUUCGAAGAACUACCCUACUUACCAAGACGCAUUUUAUACAAUGAAUCCGGAGAUGAACAUCACCGAAAUGAAUGUCGGCGGCCGUCUCAUCCCGCGUUCCCUCGUCUCAUCCAACAGUUCGGCUGCCCGUCUAAGUAAGGCUAUCGACUACAUUCUCCGCAACAACGGCAUACUCGCAGGCGUUUCUGAGAAUGUUGGCACAUCGCCGACAUCCCGCAAUUCGGUCCAUCCAUAUUGGCGCGAAUCGGUGUUCCUGGCAUUCUUUGGCAUUAUGUACGAUGAGUACAACCUCACAGCAAAUUAUGUAGCCCGACAAACCGUGACCAACGUUUUGGUGCCGGCUUUGGCAGAGUUGGCACCGGACGGAGCUGCCUACCUCAACGAGGCUGAUUACAACGAGCCGAACUGGCAGGAAACAUUCUACGGCUCCAACUACCCACGCCUUUUGUCGAUCAAGCGGAAAUAUGACCCAUAUGGUAUCCUGUGGGCCGUCCUUGACACGUUCUGGGGCUGGCAAGCCGACUCCGUCAUUAACUCCCUGACGCUUCGGUUUGAGAGCUGCUUGACCACUACUAAGAAGAUCCUGUCGGACUUGCUUGAAGCGCGGGGUGUAUUUGAGGUUCGGGUGACGUGA